GGAUGGCCGGGGGCGGAGCCCAGGAGCAGGCGGGCUCGGAGGGGGCGGGUUCCCAGGGCGGCAAAAACCCGGUCGCCAGAGUGAAGCCAAGCCAACUAGCGCAGCAAAGCCUAGGCCGCGCGGACUCCUCAGAGACUUGCCGCCGCCUCCGCCUUUGCCGCUUCAGCCAUCCUUCUUACGCCUUGUCUGUCUUCCCCGUCGUCUCCUCUGUCGCCGUGCCGCAGUCGCACCAGCAUCGACAACAGCUAAGUGGCCGAUUCCGGGACUUGGGGUCGGGGUUGGGGAGGGCGCAAGGCACGAACAGCACACGCGAGCCCGCCAUCUCUUGCGGCAGCCGCCACUGCUGCAGUAACCCUUUCUAAGGGCGAGAGAGGAAAGCGCUGUGGAGAGGCACACCCUGUCCCAGUGCUCACGGUUAGAGUUCGAGCGUUUCUGCCAAAACCUUGUGGAGAGCCUUGCACUUGGAGAAGGGAGCACAGACCAGGUCUUUGAGAUCGCGAAAAAAAAUAAAUAUCACAUUACAUACUGUUGACUUUUUGUCAGUUUAAUCGACCAGGGCAGAGCUUUCUCCAAGCCCUCUGAAUCCCUGAGCUAUGUCUCCUCCGACUGUGCCUCCGAUAGGGGUAGAUGGCGUGUCCGCAUACCUGAUGAAGAAAAGGCACACCCACAGGAAGCAACGGCGCAAGCCCACUUUCCUCACUCGUAGGAACAUCGUGGGCUGCCGCAUUCAACACGGCUGGAAGGAAGGCAACGAGCCAGUGGAGCAGUGGAAGGGCACUGUGCUCGAGCAGGUUUCCGUGAAGCCCACUCUCUAUAUCAUUAAAUACGAUGGCAAAGAUAGUGUGUAUGGACUAGAACUGCACCGCGAUAAGAGAGUUUUAGCGCUAGAGAUCCUUCCUGAGAGAGUGCCAACUCCUCGAAUCGAUUCGCGACUGGCAGAUUCCCUGAUUGGCAAGGCAGUGGGGCAUGUGUUUGAAGGCGAGCACGGUACAAAAGAUGAAUGGAAGGGUAUGGUCCUGGCGCGAGCGCCUGUGAUGGAUACUUGGUUUUACAUCACCUACGAGAAAGAUCCUGUUCUCUAUAUGUACACGCUGCUUGAUGACUACAAAGAUGGUGACCUACGCAUCAUUCCAGAUUCCAACUACUAUUUCCCUACAGCAGAACGGGAGCCUGGAGAGGUGCUCGACAGUCUCGUGGGCAAGCAGGUGGAGCAUGCCAAAGAUGACGGGUCCAAGAGAACUGGCAUUUUUAUACAUCAAGUGGUGGCAAAGCCAUCUGUCUACUUCAUUAAGUUUGAUGAUGAUAUUCACAUUUAUGUCUAUGGUUUGGUGAAAACUCCCUAAAUUCUUUGUGCUCCUUACAGAAGUUGUGGAACUUUUAUAUGUAAAUUAUUUUGUGUCCUCGUAAUUGUGAACGUAGAGAACAGGUUAGGUGUCAGAAAUUUAGGAAAGUGGAUAAAUUGUAUUGUGCCUCCAAAUCUUACCUUGACUAGUUUCACAAUUUUGCCUCAAGUGUACUCUGGUACUUUUGAUAUUGCCUAGUUCUGUAAUUUAACAUUUAAUUUGGGUGCCAAUAGAAAAUUAAAAAGUGUUUGCAACCAUUGAAACAAUGCAAAAAUCGAUUAAGAAAAAUUAAUGGUGUAAAACCACGCCCUGUCCUUCCCACUUCCUUUCUUUACUUUGUUUCUUCCCAGGUAACAAGUGUUGAGGACACGAAGUACAUCCUUCUACCUGUUUUCCCCAUCUCCUUACAGAAAGUUGGGUUCCCAGAAAUGCUAUGUAGGCGUAUGUUUCAGAAAUGUUACAAGAUUACUAUCCAAAAUGAAAGCGCUCAUUCCAGCAUCCUCUCCAGCACUCUUCAAUGCUUGAAAAUAUGAAAAGCUAAAAAUUACAUUGUAUUGCUUGUUACUUUAAUUGCCUUUUAUCUGACUUAAAAGAGGUUUGUUGUUGU